UGAGUGCUAGUUAGUCAGUCGCUUAGAAUAUUUUGAAGGGAAAUGAUGUGCGGAUUGAAAUCGUUAGGUCUUAUCGCGUUGGUGCUUUGCCACAAUGGGUUUGCUCAGUUUCUGGACGAAAGGUGCGACGACCCAUUCCCGAUUGAAAUGAGAAUAGCAAGGGGGCACCCCGCCCCAUCGAGACUCACAACUUGGAUGGCAGGCUUAUACAAUGGAUCGUCUUUUGAAUGCGGAGCAACACUAAUUCACAAAAGCUACGUUCUAACAGCUGCUCACUGCGUAUAUGAAUACUCAUUGGCUGAAGUAUCCGUUCACCUGCUCUCAUGAAAAAUGCCCACACGUCGAGCGUCUCAAUGUUACCGCAAUUAUAGUGCAUCCCGAAUUUCAUUCCUACGAUUCCUCACAUGAUAUCGCUCUGUUGAGAUUGGAGCAUGAAGUGAUUUACAAACUCUACAUCCGCCCAAUUUCCAUCAUUGUGGAUGAGAUGGUAACUACGGAUGGCGUGCAGACACUCUCCGCUUUUGGCUGGGGUAAAACACACGAAGAAGCAGAAAGCAGAAUUCUAAAUACCCUCGAACUACAGCGACGUAGCGAUGACAAGUGCCAUUAUAUUAAGAAGAACCAGUUCUGCGCCGGCAGCAAUAAUGGCGGCGACAGUUGCAAGGGAGAUUCUGGAGGUCCGGUGGCGGCCAGUUAUUCCUACAGAGGAAAGGACAGAUAUGUUCAGUUCGGAGUGGUGAGCAACGGCGUGAAAUCCUGCAAUGACAGCGCAGUCUACACAGACGUGAAUGCCUACAAGUACUGGAUAGCCAACACGGUGCUGGAGACCGAAACGAGACUCUUGACCGAACACUGCGGAAGCGACUGGGGAAGUGGAAUUCUUGUUCGCCUAUGGGAGAUUUCCCUGUUUGAGCACAAUUUCACUGGCGCACUCAUCACUAGCCGGUUUGACGUGACUGUUGCCAGUGCGUUCCCCAAUGAUAUACAUGAGAUAAAAGUGGAAACCGAAUAUCUUGGCAGAUAUGAUAUAGACUGGUUUUACAAACAUCCGCAGUUCAAGCAUUCAGCAGGGUCAACGAAAAAUAAUAAGCUAGCUAAGAAUGUGCCAGACUCAGUACUUGUCAAACCGAUCUGCAUGGGAUUGAACAUUGCUGCCCCUAUGACGUGGACUGCCAUGCUCUACAGUUCCAACGAUAAAGUUGCAGACACUCAAAGUGUGGCUUUGCAUAGGAUCGAUAAUGCAGCCUGCUCCAGGAAAAUUGGAAUACAUGUAGAGCCCAAUCAAUUUUGCGUCGACAAACCUGACGAAUCAAUGUACAUGCCCUAUGAUACACCUGGUUCUGUAGUGGCUACUGUUGGAACGAUCAAUGGUGUCGAAAAAUAUUUGCUUACUGGCCUCAUAAGCCUUGUUAAGGAUGGUGUAAUCGUCAUUACAAAUAUUCAAGACCACGAGAAGUGGAUUGCGAAUGAGUUAAAGUAUUGAGGAGUGCAUAUACCACUAUUAUUAUGAAAUGAAAAUUUUAAUAAAUAAACAUUUCAAUUGAA